CCAACGCUGAGACUUUCCACCAGUUGCUUCGACUGUCAACUUUUCCCAGCUUUGACUGUCAAAUAAAAUCGCAAUGAAGACUCUUCUUACUGUUGCAGUUUGUGCUGUGUUGGUGGCUAUUGCUUACAGCUCUCCAACGGUAUCCAAGAAGAUGGACAUCAACGCCAUUGUUGAGAAUGCUUUGGAGCAAGCAUUACUGUUGGACAGUGCUAUUCAGAGUGAAGAAGAAGAAGACACUCGUGAUCAGACUCAAGACGUUUUUGCAGUCAAACAAUACAACAAUGCUGAGUUGCAAGGCUGGCUUAAGAAGAUUUUCAAAAAAGCUAAAAAAUUUGUAAAAAAGGCCGUCAAAGUGGGCAAGAAAGUGUACAACUUGUAUCAGAAGGGGAAAGGCUGUGCCGAGGUUGAGGACAUGCCAGAGGCGCUGGAGGAGGCAGCCAUUGAAGUUUUUAUGACUCAUGAGAAGAAGUCAAUGCUACAGUCGAUGCAAGCCAAGGUUGCUCAGACAGACGAGGAAGAUGGUGGCGACGAACUGUCCGCUGAGCUGCAAAAAUUCUUUGCAAGUCAACAGACACAAGCUACCACCAGCUGGUUCAAGAAUUUGAUCAGAAGGGGAAUCGAUUUCGGCAAAAAAGUCUACAAAGGCUAUAAAAGAAUGAAGAAUGGAGACACAUGUGCCCCUCAAAGCAAGUGUGUGCAGGUGCAGGACUUGUCUGAGCAGCUGGAGGAUGCUGUAGCUGAGGCUAUGAUGAUCGAGGAUGAUUCGGACACACUCAAUGAGGCAGCUUUUCUCCAACUCCUGGAGGAGUAAAAGAGAAUUAACAGACUAAUAUAGACUAAGUUAGAAUGAACAAGAACUUGAAUUAGAAUUAGACUAUAAUUGUAUGCAUAGAAUGAUGACAACAUUUUUCUAGUAAUCAUGGAAUACUUCCUAUUGGUCUUUUGCUCAGUAAAUUGAGCUAUUGUGCUGCUCAA